ACAGUGUUUCCUACGCUUAAAAAGGCAGACGAAAAAGGUAACAAAAAGUAAAAAAGUACAAAAAGGCUUAAGAAGGAGUUUUGCUUUCAGCACCGGGCCUAGUAUUAAGGUAGUUAAAGAACUAUAGUACGCUUGUUGCCCUCUGCUAUAAAAGCUACAGCAGAGUUCUCACAAGGCUUCCCACUUCCGUCAACCCGCCUUGGGUCCUUGGAUAGCAGGAGGUUUGCUGUACUAUCCGUUAUUCAAAAAUUUCUGUCUAGAGCUCAAAGGCAGAUUUAUCGUGUUUUUACAAUACUAAGUGUGUGUGCCGCAUAGAAUUGCGAUGAUCCACUACCGCGCGUAGUUAUUUCACGAAUAAAAGGCUCUGGUAGAUUCAUAUCAGCUCUUCUAUUCGCAAGGAAAGUUAUAUACACUAUGCUCCCGCUAUGCAACAACCUACAUAGUAAUGCGACAUCCCCUGUACCUAGAUAAUGACGGCGCUAAGACCAUAGAACCUCUAUGUAAGUCUUUCAGCCGCGAAAGCGGUGACGAUGAACGAAUAAUACCUCUUGCUCUUGCAAUUUGCGGGACAGAACAGGAUAAGGGAACUGAUUGACGCCGCCAACAUCUCUCUAUUGGCUCACGACAGUGCCACGAACAUGCUAACAUAAACGUCGUCUUGGCGUCUGUGUGUCUUCCUUCUUCGUAGCUAGUUCUCUCUCUUCCUCUCUCUCCAUCCCCUCUAAUCAAUCC